CAAGGGUGCUAUAUAUUGGCGCUUUCUACAUCGUCUGAAAGGAGAUUUUUGUUUGAAAGAAGGGCCCAAAGACCGGCCAGAAUGCGCGUGUCGACGCGUCUUUCGCUUCCUAUCCUACUCGUUCGGACUGUUGCUGGGAAGUAUUUCCCACCAACGCCAGAAGGUGUCAGGGUGGUGAACUCCAGGUACGAUGAAGAUAUUAAGAUAUCCUAUAAAGAAAACGAUAUCUGUGAGACGACUGAGGGAGUCAGGUCUUAUACCGGAUAUGUCCACCUACCACCCCAUACAUUGGAUGACGUCAAUGUCGACCAAGACUACACUAUCAAUACUUUUUUCUGGUUCUUCGAGUCCCGCAAAGAUCCGGCAAACGCCCCAUUGUCGAUAUGGAUGAACGGCGGCCCUGGUUCGUCUUCCAUGAUCGGCCUGUUCCAAGAGAACGGCCCAUGCUUCGUCAAUGAUGAUUCUAAUUCGACUUAUUUGAAUCCUUGGUCGUGGAAUAACGAGGUGAAUAUGCUGUACAUUGAUCAGCCAAAUCAAGUUGGUUUCAGCUAUGACACGUUAACAAACGUCACCCGCAAUACCGUCGCUGAGGAGAGUGAAUGGCAAGUUGCAGAUUUUUCUCAGGGAGUGCCUGAGCAGAACAAUACAUUCUUCGUUGGCACCACGAGUUCUCAAAACUCGCGUAACUCUGCAAACUCUACCAUGAACGCUGCUCGUUCUCUGUGGCAUUUUGCCCAGGUGUGGUUCCAGGAAUUCCCAGAGUAUAGGCCGAAUGACGACAGGGUGAGUAUCUGGACUGAGUCCUAUGGAGGUCGGUACGGUCCAUCUUUUGCUGCCUUCUUCCAAGAGCAAAAUGAGAAGAUUAGGAAUGGGACUAUCACAAGAGAUGGAGAAAUGCACCUCAUUAAUCUGGACACUCUCGGCAUUAUCAACGGCUGUGUCGAUCUGCUUAUCCAAGCGCCGUCCUACCUCCAUUACGCCUACAACAAUACCUAUGGAAUCCAAGCUAUCAACGAAACUGUUUUCAAUACUGGGCUUGAAGAUUGGGAGAAACCCGGAGGCUGUCGCGAUAUGAUCAAUAACUGUCGACAACUCUCUGCUGAAGGCGACCCAUAUAUGUACGGAAAUAACCAAACGGUUAACGAGGCCUGUAUGAGAACAGAACAAUACUGCGGUGAGCACGUCGAGCUGCUAUAUAUUCUAUAUGGCGAUAGAGGAGUUUACGACAUCGGUCAUCCCAGUGCCGAUCCCUUCCCGCCAAAUUAUUACCUGGGAUACCUGAGCCAGGCGCAUGUGCAAGCUGCCAUGGGUAUUCCCGUUAAUUUUACAGUGUCAUCCACUGCUGUUUACAGCGGGUUCUCUGCGACUGGAGACUAUCCAAGAAACGAUGUCCGUGGUUAUCUUGAAGAUAUUGCUUAUCUUCUAGAUUCAGGGGUCAAGGUUGCUUUGGUCUAUGGAGAUCGAGACUAUAUAUGCAAUUGGAUCGGAGGCGAGGAGGUCAGUCUUGCGAUUGACUAUUCUGAAUCGGACAUGUUCAGGUCCGCGGGUUAUACAGAUAUCCAGGUAAAUUCUUCCUUCGUUGGAGGACAAGUCCGGCAGUAUGGCAAUUUCUCGUUUUCGAGAAUUUACCAAGCUGGCCACGAGGUCCCCGCUUAUCAGCCAGAAGCAUCGUACCAGGUGUUCCAGCGUAUCCAAUUCAAUAAAGACAUUGCAACUGGCACAAUUGAUACGGCCCAGAGAAGAGACUAUGGUACCUCCGGCACAGAGUCAACCUUCCAUAUAAAGAAUGAUCCACCUCCGGAUCCCGCCCCUCAGUGUUAUAUCCUCGAACUUUCCACAUGUACUAGAGAGCAGGUCGAGAAGAUUAGAAGCGGAGAUGCCCUGAUCAGGAAUUACAUUUUGAUUGAAGAUGGUGCAACUCCAACUGGGACCGGUACAGCACCGUCAGCUACUGCUACUGGUGCAGGUGCCAGAGCCGGUUUCUCGGUGGGCUUGCUCAGCUUUGUGACUAUGGUUCUUGGUAUCUCUUUUGCAUGAGGAUGAUGCUUUGUUACCUUUCGCUAUUUCUUUAUACAUAUUCAGCUUCAAUUAGUUAAUAA